CUUCUUUCAUUCUCAUCUUCACCUUCUCUUUCAUCCUUCCCUCACCACUACCACAUCCCCUUUCCUCCCCUAUCCCCUUCCUGUGUAGCGCUUAUUCCCUUAUCGCCUCCUCACUCGCCACUACCCUACUCCAUUCACUCGUUCAGACGGCCACUUGCGAAAGGGACAAACAUCCCAUAUCUCCCUCCAUCCUCGCCUCUAUUCAAUCAACUGGACGUCUAGCGACUACCUUAGUCCUGGUCUAGUAUCCCUGUGUCGAUCCCAACUUAUAAAUUACUCUUUAAUCAUAAUCGGUGACAGCCUGUCUUUGGCGACACUCACACACAACACUGUAUACACUCCCUCAAUCAACUUGUCAGACACCCUCUAGCACCGCAACCUCGCAAUUUCAAGUCCUCAUACGUUCUACAAAACCUAAAAUAACAGUAUGGCUUCCCGAAAUCCCGUCGUCACCCGUCGAGCUGCCACUCGCUCUCGAAAUGAUGAAAACGCUGCUCCUCAACAAUCAGUACGAACCAAGCCCUCAAUCUCCCACCUUGGCCCUGCUUCCAAGACUGCGGCUGUCAAUGUCUCCGUUGCUGCUGGCAAGAAGCCUGUCGCUGUCAAGGUUGGCGCCAAGAGGACAGCUUUGGGAGGCGUGGUUGUUAACGGUAAGGGAGAAACUGAAGCCGGGAAGAAGCCUUUGAAGGCGAGUGGCAAGACUGUCACCGAGGCUAGACAGCCUCUUGCAUCCCGACAGAACAAUGCUCAGCCGACACGACCGAUUGCCGCCAUCCCUCACCGAUCCAAAGCCACUCCCGCCAACGUCUAUGCUCCAGUAGAGGCUCCUGCUAAGCUUACUGUCGAGGAAGAUAUGCAGAUGGAGAUCGAUGCUCGACGAUCUCAGCCCGUCUCCAACGCUGCUGACUUCGCCACUGUCGAUGAGGAGCUCCUCGAUGACGAAUCCGAAGAGGAUGACAUGGAGGAAGAGGAUGAAGAAGAUUGGCUGAGGAUGUCUGAAGAGGAGAUGGUGAAGGCGCAAGAACAACUGGACGUUGUGCAGGCGACUUUUAAGGAUGACGUUGACAUGUUUGACACCACUAUGGUUGCCGAGUACGCGGACGAGAUUUUCGAGCACAUGGAGAGACUUGAGGAAAGUGUUAUGCCUAACCCUCGCUACAUGGACUUCCAGACUGAGAUUGAGUGGACCAUGAGGACAACACUUAUUGAUUGGCUUCUUCAAGUGCACCUUCGUUAUCACAUGCUCCCCGAGACUCUUUGGAUCGCUGUCAACAUUGUUGACCGAUUCCUUUCCACCCGAGUGGUCUCCCUUGUCAAGCUUCAACUUGUCGGUGUCACCGCCAUGUUCAUCGCUGCCAAGUAUGAAGAGAUCCUCGCUCCUUCUGUUGAGGAAUUUGUCUACAUGACUGAGAAUGGGUACACCAAGGAUGAGAUCCUCAAGGGCGAAAGAAUCAUUCUCCAAACCCUCGAUUUCACCAUCUCAUCUUACUGUUCCCCGUACUCAUGGGUCAGGCGAAUUUCCAAGGCCGACGAUUACGACGUUCAAACUCGAACACUGAGCAAGUUCUUGAUGGAGGUCACCCUUUUGGACCACAGGUUCCUCAGAUGUAAGCCUAGCAUGAUCGCUGCCAUCGGAAUGUAUCUCGCCAGGAAGAUGUUGGGCGGUGACUGGAAUGACGCUUUCAUCUACUACUCCAACUUUACCGAAUCUCAACUCAUCACCGGUGCAUCUCUUUUGUGCGAGCGACUUAUUGAGCCUGACUUUGAGUCCGUGUACGUUUACAAGAAGUACGCCAACAAGAAGUUCUUGCGUGCGUCUACCUUUGCGCGAGACUGGGCUUUGACCAACGCCGCCAAUUCAUCAUGAAAACUUGCGAGAAAAUGACAAUUCCAAUAAGGACAAUUCUCUUCCUCUAUUUCAACCCUAUAGCUCCGAAUUCCUGCACAUCUUCACCUUCGCUGUUUCUCUCGAACACGGUUAUGUGCUUGAGUCUUGAGGAUGUCCAGACAUACCCCUUAAACUAUCCUCUAUUAGUUCUUGCACCUAAGCAUUUUCAGUUACAUAACUUCUCAUAACCAUCAUUUAUACCCAUAGUACCAGUAAGAAGCGGUGACAACAUCCAUGUGAUAUAAUAUGUUUUCGAUCGUGCAGCUGCGGGGACCCUCGUGGACUUGCACAUUAUAAUAGAGUAUGGUUAGUCAAUUGCUGGAUGUCAGUC